GCUUCUUCGGCUUCAGAGCGCCAUCAAUAUCGUGAUCCUUAUGCAGUGGCCCAAGCGAAAGCUCGCAAGGCUGCAAACCAAUCUCGGCAGGAAAUCCUGAGGAAAGAACGCUCCGAAGCUGCGGGACAUCCAGUCCGUGGCAUUGCGACUCCAUUAGUAAAGUCCUUCGACUUCGGAACUCCGUUGGACGCUUCAGAAGCACUGGGCGCCGAGCAAGAAGACCAACCGAACGACCUUGGGCCUACCAACGAGUAUCGUAAUGACAGUGAUGAACAUCUCAAAUUCUUGAUCACAAAGUCGGAUCUUUCGGAAGGACUUCGACGUAGCGAAAUCCUUGCUGGAGAAGGAAAUACCAGCGCAAGCGCAAAGCUGCUGAAUAGUCAAGAACUGGAGGAACAGGAGAAUUUGCGAAAGGAGGCCAAGGCGACGGCGGCAGAAGCGUUGCGACGGAUUGCCAGCAUCUCUAUGGGUACGAGCAAGGAUCGGUUAAGGGCGAAUACACAACGGUGCAUAGACAUAUUCGGCAGACACAAUACCGAUCAACAACUACCGACUCGUCCUCAGGCACCUGGACAAACACUAGCUGACGGCUCACUUCCAAAAAUGGAGCGUGCUGGUCCAGACACUGGCAGCAGCGAAGUCCAAAUCGCCAUCCUUACUGCCAAGAUUCGCUCUCUUGCGUUCUAUUUGGACAAUCGAGCGAGAAACAAAGACAAGAUGAACAAGCGUAACCUUCGACUUCUUGUUCAUCGAAGGGCCAAACUCAUGAAAUACAUGCGUCGGAAGGAGCGAGGUGGUCCCAGGUGGCAGAACCUGAUCAAUUCGCUUGGUCUCACCGAAGCCACAUGGAAGGGCGAAAUC